AUGGAGCGUGUUCGUGUGAUUCAGAGUAGGCUCUUGACUGCCCAGAGUAGGCAGAAGAGCUAUGCUGACAGGAGGGCUCGACCCUUAGAGUUCAUGGUGGGUGAUCGAGUUUGGCUUCGGGUAUCGCCCAUGAAAGGUGUGAUGAGAUUUGGGAAGAAGGGUAAGCUCAGCCCUAGGUUCAUUGGCCCAUAUGAGAUUUUGGAGAGAAUGGGAGAGGUGGCUUACAAGUUAGCCUUGCCACCUAGUUUGAUAGCCGUGCAUCCAGUUUUCCAUGUUUCUAUGCUCCGGAAGUAUGUUCUGGAUGAGUCUCAUAUGAUUUCGGUUGAGUCGGUGGAGUUGAGUCCAGAUUUGACAUUUGAGGAGGAGCCUAUAGCUAUUUUGGACAGACAGGUUCGCAAGCUCCGGACCAAGGACAUCGUUUCAGUGAAGGUUCAGUGGAGGCAUCGAUCAGAUAGGGAGGCGACUUGGGAGUCCGAGGAUGAUAUGCAGGUCCGAUAUCCCCAGUUUUUCGAGGCUUCAGUUUGUGUGCAAGAGAUUCCGAACGAAUUCCGAGGGUCCAACGGGGACUUAAACUUUGGUGUUAUUGUUGUGCUUCAGCUACAAUAG